AUGCCUUCUCGUAGCAACCGACUCAGAAGCAGACGAGCCCUCGGCGGCGACACAGGUUCAGACUCCCUCUCUGCCUCAGGCUCUGGCUCGGAGGAGGUCCUGUCUUCCCCCACUCCAGCUCCCAAGCGCAGCACUACCUCCAACGUUCGUAGCACAGACAAGGCCAAGAGCAAAGCCUCACCUCGUCCCCGUGGCAAGUCCGGCAAGGCAGCCACUGUUGUAGACUCGGAGCCAGGCAGGCUGAAGCGUCUGCUAGCGCUGCUACUCGUGACGACGCUCCUCCUCACGCUCUACCACGUCUUCAGGCUAUAUACAAAGGGACAAGGAAUCUUGGGAGCACCUGCUUCUCUAGGACGACGUUUUGGCUCCUCUUCCUCUUCCUUCUCUCACAACAAGGACGCACCGGGAGGGAUGGUCGUGCAUCCCUCCGCACCUUCCCCUUCGUCGGACAAUGAGGACAUCAGGCUGGAAGACCUGGACAUGGAGACGCUCCAGGCUGCUUUCGACGCAUUGUAUGGAGAUGGAGGACCACUAGGCCCGGGCAGUCAGAGGGGCGACGGGAGUGGCGAGUACAGAGUUGCAGGAAGGAGAAAGGAGAGCUUGCAUUGA